AUGAACAAGUUUGGGACCAGCGCCCGCCAGCGUAAACUGAGCGAUGACUCAAAAGUUCAGUCAAAGGUUCGCCCCUCCAUUUGUCCAAACUCAAUUGGCGUAGCUGCUGACCUAUGGCUCUAGCUUAAUACUUUGAGUAGCUCGAAUGAGCGGGGUAGCUGCGGAAGAGCCACAGGAGACGGAGGUCCGAGUAGCGCCUCCGGUCUCGGCUAGUCGCCGCCCCUCGCGGGGACCUCUGGGUGUCACGCGCAGCGCACAAAAUGAGUUCAAGCGGUGGUAUGCAGCUGGACAGAACUACCACUACGCAGCGGCAAACUGGCUUGCGCUGCGCGAGGGCGAGGAAGGCGCAGCAGCCCCGGAGCUUUCUAAGCACAGCUUCACAGGCCUGCACGGUAUCAGCUCACGGCGCGGGCGGGUAGUUGCGGCCCGCUGCCUGGCCUUCACGCCGCCCGCCUCAGCGCCCACCUCCGCGGCACCCUCUGCCCCGACCUCGCCCCAGCGUCGGGAGGCUGAGGCAAGGCCCAGAGGCCGCCUGCUGCCCCCCCGCGCGCUUGAGGAGCUGUCUGCGGCCCGACCCAGUUCGCAUGCGGAGCUGCCGCCCUCGGGCUCGCGCGUGCGAAGCCUGCUGCAGAAGCUGGAGGCAGCUGCAGGGCAGCUGCGGCUGUCGUGCAACGAAGAGCGCCUGGAGGAGGUGCGGCGGCGGCUGCGCCCGCAGGCCUCGGCGCCGGCCCGGGGAGCGCACGGCGAGGAGGGCGCUGCCAAACAGCCGGCGCUGGCGAGCUAUGCCUCGUUGCAGGGGCGCUGCUGGCUGCCGGCAGCCGGGCGGCCAGAACUCUCAGACCUGUCGUGUCGCCUCAGCAUCGAUUGCAGUGCUGCGAGCAUGACCGAGCGCAGCAGCAGCGCCAGUGCCGGGUCAGAGCGCUCGGACGACUGUGGCAGUGGGUGCGGUAGCGGUAGCACUUCGGCGUCGAAUAGUAUUGGUGGCUUAGACAUUGAAAGCCGCUGGGGAGUGGCCACCAGCUCGGGCUGGCGCGGUUCAUCCAGUCAACAGCUCAGCAAGCUGUGCACCACUUCCUGCGAUGUCGGCGACACGAGUAUUGGUGGUGGCUGCAGUAGCAGUGCAAGCAGCCCGCCCGCCGCACGCUUGCCUUCCUGCCACAGCUGGCGCAGCACCUGCCUGCGACAGCCCUUGCCAGCGCGCACAAGGGAUGGCGGGGACAGCCGUGUAGCCGCGGCCGAUUGUGAGGUGCCCUGUGCGCCACACAGCCAAAGCGUGGGGCCCUCGUCUGCCGGAUGCCGGGGCUCAGGUUGGGCAUGUACUGCCCAGGACGGCGACGGCUGCCCGGUGGUUUCAGGCCAGGAAGCGAAGCCUGUUACAGCUGUUCCCGCCUGCGGCAGGGCCCCGAGCACGGCCGCUUUUCCAGCCACCGCCGCCUCCGUUUCAAUUCUGGAGGCCAGCGCUAGCCCGGACACUUUAGCGCGGCAGCACAUGUGCAGCACAACGGAGGGCACGUGGUAUGGCGACGGCGCUGGCUGGGAGGCGCAACGGGCGUCCACAUUGGACGAGGAGACUGCGCGAGCCGCCGCAGGUUCUCUUGCGGCUGCACCUCACAGGCCGAAAGCACUUUGCUUGAGCACAGCCCCAAUUACGUUUCCGGGCAACCUGGGGUGCUGCACCCCAACUCGCCACACACCCAGCGCCUUCGGCGUGCCAAGCAGGCAUGGAGCAGGCGGGCAGGGCUCACCGCUGAGUGCGUCAUCGCCAACGCAUUCCACGCCGCCUGCGUUGUUGGAACCCAUCUUUCAGGCUUUGGGGCCGAAGGCCGCGCCUGCCGCACCCAUGCCAACAGCGCCCCCGCAGGGGCUGAAGCGCAGCAGCACGUCAGGUAGCGAUGUCGAGGACGGCAGCAGCAGCGCAGCGGCCUUGAAUUCGGCAGCCCCUCAGCGAGGGGCCGCGGAUGUGGCCGGCGGGACAGCCGGGGCCGGGGCGGCUACGCCCGCACGCCAGCCCUCGGUUGGCCGUCGGCGGCGCGCGGAGGCCGUGCCGGUGCUUGAGCCGCACGACCUCUUCCUUGCACAGCUGCUAGCCUCGCCGCAGUCACCGGCACCCCCGGCGCUCGCGUCCCGCGGCACUGGCGGAUCCUCCCUGUGGACCUGGGGCCGCACCCUGGCAGGUCUGGGGCGCCGGCGCAACCUGUGGGGUGCAGCAGACAGCAAGGACGCGGCAGGUGCCGGUGCAGCUGAGGCUACGGCAGGGGCUGAGCGCCUGGACGCAGGCAGCGCGGCGGCAGCGCAGCCAUCAGGCCGUGGCGACCCGACUGAGGACUUGCUGCCCCGCUUCGGUUCCGAGGCCCGGUUCGUAAUGAAGCCGCGGGGAGGAAGCGCUGGGAUGCAGCCCAGCAAUGCCAACCAUGGAGGUGAUGGCCAGGGCACCACGCACGUGUUGGGGCGUGCAGCUUCCAUGAGCAGCGCACACAGCGCCGCACCUUCUGGCCCAGAUACUAUGGCCGUGCACCGCCAGCUGCAAUCGGCUGCGGCCAAGCGGAGGCUUGGCGCAGGCCUCUCAGGCAGCCCGACGCCGCAGCACCCACUGCUGGAGCGGGCGCAGCAGCCGGCGCAGCCGCAGCGGUCGUGGCGGGGCUGGUCGUUCCGGGCGCCUCAGCGGUUCGCCGCGCUCGCGGGCGACAGCACUGCGCUGCAAUACGACCUGGACGUGCUCCGGGAGCUGGAGCAGGGCUGGAGCUCGCAGUGUGCAAUGCAGUGACGAGUGCAGCGUCCGGUGCAACAUCUGGAGCGCAGUCAAGUCAGCGUUGGUCAUUACUGGGUGCAUGCAUGUGCGUGUGUGCAGUGUCAGUGGUUGUGCAGUGACUGCCAUGAGGGGCGUUGGGCUGGCGAUAGCAGCGGCUAGUAGCACGCGCGUAGGUUACGUACUGAUUGCAAUUUGAACCAGACUUGUAGCCAGCAUAUGCUUACGGUCAUCAAGGCAUUUUUGGGCCGAAUAAGGUUUCUCAUCGGAUAGUCCCUUCUUGGACUGUUGCAUUCAUAGCUAGAACCCUGUGCUUAGGGGCAAUAGUGCCUGCAGAGUAGGUUCGGGGUGCAUUGGCUAGAGACGCGGGCUAAUACUCCAGCUAGCUCUUAGAGCAAGGGCUGCUACAUGACGUGGACACUUACCUGAGUAUUUGGACGAAGAUACGGUAGAUAUGCUGCAGAUGCAUGCGUGAUGGUCGUUUCUACAUUCGGGUGGUCCCUGCAAUCGUUCCCCAAUUUUGAGACUCGAACUAGCCAAGUUGGUUGCCUGUGCCGGCGGCGUAUCCAAAGGCAUGUGUGGGCUAUUGCUUAGCCCGGUAAACUAAAUGCAAAUGCCGGACGGUUGUGAAACCGCAUUUAAGGCGCACUUGGCUAGCUGUUGUAGGAUGUGCAUCUGCAGUACCUUGUGUGUAUGGACAUGACAUGCCGGUACGGCGGUAGCCUGCCAUGGGCGGCCUGAUGGCGAGCAAGCAGGCGCUCUGCUGCAAUGCGCCAUCACAGGGUGUGGACAUCGUGGAGAGAAGCGGCUGGACGCCACAGGAGUCAACCUGGCCUAGGAACCGGCCGUGUGCCCGUGGGUGGGUGGCGCGGAGGCAUGUUGCCAGCAUACAGGCAUAUCAUGCCAUGGUAGCCAUUAGGUACAUGGUAUGCGUGUGUGCACGAUCGGGUCGUGGCAUGUCGUGACAUCCCAUAAGCAUUUACGGAAGCCGCUGGUCUUGCGAUGAACUGCACCUGGACUGUACGGCAUGAACCGCACGAAUGCAGCUGUGCACGUGCAAUGCCAUCCGCAAGGUCAUGUCCAUGCUUCUAG